CGGGCACUGAGAGUAAGCAAUCUGACGUCAUACGUGUCGACGUCAAGCCAGGGCGAGUCCACAAUGCAGAGCGACUGAAGAGCUGCGGAGGUCUCGGUGUAUGAAAACAUACAGUGAAACAUGGAGCAUAUCGGUGACUGAAACGCUUUCAGAUUCUCUAGAAAAUUGAAGAAUUUACCAAACACAUAAACCGGGAGUGUGAGAGAGACUCUUAUAAGACGUGAAACAAGCUGGAGUCAAGAUGGCUGGUAGACAGCGCAGUCCACGCCACAGGCCAUGGUCCGUGUACCGAGCCAACACGUUUGAUCUGUCCUCUGAGAUGAUGGGGUUGGCACUUACAGGAAACAGUCAAGAUCCUGAUGAACCUGUUCUUGAGUUCAGUCUGGUAUGCAGUGAGCUGGUCACUCCAUCACUGGAUCGCAAGCCCAGUAGCUUUGUAGCCGUGAGCUGCACAACACCUCCGCAGGCAUUUUGGACCAAACACACACAGACUGAAAUUAUAGAGGGCACCAGUAAUCCGAUCUUCUUGAGCAGCAUUGCCUUCUUCCAGGACUCUUUAAUUACACAGCAGACUCAAAUUAAGCUGUCCGUCUAUGAUGUGAAAGACCGCUCGCAGGGGACUAUGUAUCUGCUCGGUUCAGCUAUGUUUACAGUGAAGGAACUGCUUCAAGACAAACACCACAAAUUACACAUCAUGCUGCGAUCAGCAGAGAACGAGGUGAUUGGAAACAUCACCAUCAUUGCAUGGAUGAUAGAGGAGAGGAAGGACCAGCGAGCUCCUUUGGCACGUUCAGACACAGUCAAUGGCAGGAUGGUGUUACCUGUUGAUGAAAGUCUGACCGAAUCCAUGGGAGUGAAAUCAAAAUCAGCCUCCUUGUGUAAAGACAGUCUUUUAAAGGCAGUAUUUGGAGGCACUAUUUCACGGAUGUACCGAUUACCCACCACUGAUGGAAAUCACCUGCGUGUCCUGGAGCAGAUGGCGGAGAGCGUGCUUUCCCUGAACAUACCCAGACAAUUUGUCAAACUACUGCUUGAGGAAGAUGCUGCCAGGGUGUGUGAGCUUGAAGAGCUGGGCGAGUUGUCACCCUGCUGGGAAAAUUUGCGGAGACAGAUCAUCGCACAGUAUCAAAACAUCAUUCUCACCUAUCAGGAGACUCUCAGUAAUUUACAUGAGUACAAGGGUCCUUCCUUCAAAUCAAGCACUCUUAAGGGAGAGAAAAAGCUGGAGUUUGUACCUACAAACCUCCACGUUCAAAGGAUGAGAGUGCAGGAUCGCACAUAUGAUGUGGUGACCACAGGAGCUCCUGCGGCCCAUCAUCAAGGCUUCAAGGGCAGCGGACUGAGGAGACUUAUUCACAAAUUUGAGGAGGCCAAAAAGCAAUCUUUUGAGGGUGAAGGUGCCAGUGAAUCAGUUUCACGUUCAAUGCGGUACCAGCCACAAGAUGUGCUGAAAGCUAAAGAAAUCAUUUCCCACAUCAACACUCUCAAGACUCAGAUCAGCUACUACACAGAGCGACUGUCCCGUGCUGCCAAAGAACGCUCAACCAAUGCGCUGGAGAGGACUCUCGCCAUCCUCACGGAGAAAACACGCCAGCUGGUGACGGUCUGUGACAGUAAGCUGCUAACUACAGCUAUCCAAGCACUAAAUGCUGCACGGCCAGAGUUUAUUGCCUCAAGAGGUUCCCCGUCUGCCCAUGACAAUGAGCGUGUGGUCCUGAGGAAUGACCAGGGCUCUCCGCAGGCCAAGUGGAGCGGGAAGGCCAACAGAGCCUCCAUGAAUCUGACCUGGCAGGAGGAGGAAUGGGAAAAGGUUUGGCUCAACGUGGAUAAGAGUCUCGAGUGUGUGAUCCGCUGUGUAGACAGACUCCUGACGAGAGAGCGUUCACAGAGCGACAGCAGUGAGGACGUCUUCCUCUGUGACCAGCAGGCUGAUAGCGGCAAGAGAGGUAGCCGAGGCGAUGCAUUCUGGGUCAACCCUGGUGACGGGCUCUCCUCCCCUUCCUCAUCGCACCCUCUUUCAAAUCAAUCCUCUUCAUCAUUAUCAUCAUCAUCACCUUUACUGAUCCCUGCAUGCUCAUACAGUUUGAACAGACACUCCUAUAGUCCCAGUGUAGAGGGAUCCUCUCCUGGUGAAUGGAGUGAAGCUCUGUAUCCACUCCUGACCACUCUGAAUGAGUGUGUAGCCAUGAUGAGCGACAAAGCCAAGAAGUCCAUGGUGUUUGUGCUGAUGCAGGACAGCGCACCUACUAUUGCCAUGAAUUUGGCGCUACAGUACCGAAGAGAUGUGGUUUUCUGUCAAACGCUGACCGCUUUGAUCUGUGGAUUUAUACUGAAACUGAGGAACUGUCUCAGUGACAACGGCUUCCUCAGACAACUCCACACUAUCGGCUUACUGGUCCAGUUUGAGGGUCUGCUAAGCACAAAUGGUGAGGAGCUUGCCAUGUUGGAAGACAUGAGUGUCGGUGUCACGGACCUGCGAAACGUUACCUUUAAAGUUACCCAGGCAACCUCCAGCUUCAGCCCCGACAUGCUGCCGGUUAUCACGGGUAACAGAGAUGGGUUUAAUGUGCGCGUGCCACUACCGGCGGUGAUGUUUGAUGUGUUGCCACGGGAAAUCCAAAAUGGGAUGCUGCUGCGGGUUCAACCAGUGUUAUUCAAUGUAGGAAUUAACGAACAACAAACGCUAGCAGAAAAGUUUGGAGACACAUCGCUACAGGAGGUUGUGAAUGUGGAGAGUUUAGCUCGGCUUACAUCCUAUUAUGACCAGUUUAAGGAAGUGCUGCCCGAAGACUGUCUGCCCCGCUCUCGCAGUCAGAACUGUAUACCUGAGCUACUCAAAUUCCUCAGUCAGAACGUCAGCGCCAGGAAGAGCAAAAAUGUGGACAUCCUGUCGCAGGCAGCGGAGAUUUGUCGGCGUCUGAAUGGUGUGCGUGUGACCAGCUGUAAGAGUGCAAAGGAUCGUACGGCCAUGUCAGUGACCCUGGAGCAGUGUCAGAUCUUACAGCAUGAGCACUGUAUGGCUCCGCAGGUCUUCAACCAGGCACUGGAUUGUAUGCGCAGUGAAGGCUGCAGGAGAGAAAACACCAUGAAAAAUGUAGGAAGUCGCAAAUACGCCUUCAACUCUCUCCAGCUGAAGACUUUCCCCAAACAGUACAGGCCACCAGAGGGAACCUACGGGAAAGUAGAAACUUGAUUUGAUAAGCAGUCAGCUGUUCUGGCCCACCGCAGCCGGCUACUAAAGCUGCAUGUUUCUCUGUAUCUUUAUUAUCACAUAUCUGAAGGAACUUUAUAUUAUGCACACUCAUGCUGAACUCUGCUCUGUUUAUCAUGCAUAUGACAGUUUUUGGUUCUGAGAAGAAGGGAGAUAAGGAUUUGAUAGGUUGUUGAACUAGGGUCAGGUAGGUAUGAAGGAUGCUUAGUUAUUUAAUAUCCCAAAUUACUUAAUCCGAAAGCACCCAUUUCAUCAAGGUUUAUUUAACAUGUACAUUUAAAAUAUCUUUUAACGUUUGCUCUUGGUACAAAAUACAAAGGUCAGACAUAUCAGCACUGAAGCAAAGCUGUGUUUUAUCACUCUGUAGAGUAAUAUUAAACUUCAGUAGGUUAUAGGUAACGUGUAAGUGUUGUGGUAGAGUAGACGACUUGUUUCCAAAGUCAGUUUUCACAUCUGUAAAGAAAGGUCAGGUUAAGAAUAUCCAUAUAUGCACAGAUUAUUAACACGAAAACAUGUGUAUUACCACUCCAUUGAAAGUACACACAAUGCUAACUGCCUUAAGAGAGUCCGCUGUUGCAAUCUCCCCCAAUGUCAAGAUAAACAUGAAGAUAUUUCUAAUCUGUGUAUGACUAUUUGUGAUGUGGCAGAGUAUAUUUUAUUUAUUAACUCUCUUUACUUUGCUUUACCCAGUUGACCGCAUAACACCUGUUUUGCAUUGUACAGGUUAUAUAGUUUAAAAGAAAAGCUUUCUCAUACUUUUGCCAAGCACAGCUAGUCUUUGUACAGUGAGUAUACAGUGUGAAUAAAUGUUAUUUAACUUUUUAUGGAGAUGUGUAAGGAGACACUAUACAUUGAUAUGUUCAUUGAUUGUUUCAAUGUUUCGUGUAGGAGUUGACAUGUAUAUAGGUUAUAAACGUCAGUACUGAUUUAUCAAUGAACACUGGUGAAACUGGUCUUAAAAUGUGAAGAAUAUUUCCUGCACUGUUUUGUUUUGGUAAUUCGUAAAGCAGAAUGAUGCUCUUAGACUAUUUAUAUUAUUGGAAUAGAAACCACGAUGUUCAUUCUGCGUUGUAGAACAUGAUAAUAAAGAAACAAAAACUUUAUAGAGCCUCUGUGAACUACAUAAAAAUUGGCCUGAUGUCUCCACAAUGUAUCAAUAUGUAAACAGUCUUUCACGCUGCACAAAAUAAUGGUUUGUAGUUUCUAUGGCUGAAAUGGCUUACAAAUGCAGCUGUGUCUUAGCCUCUGCUUGCAUGAUGCAGGACACAUUGUAAAAUACUGCUAAUAAUAAAAAUUUUAAUUCAGAGGCUCUGCAUGCAAGUGAUUCUUUUAUUUUAAGGCAUUGAGAUUUCCUUAUUUUUAGUUUACAUGUACAGACGUGUGAAAUUUACAUUUCAUUACUGUUUUUAUUUUUUUACGUUUUCAUGUAUGAUUUUUUUAUUACACUGUGUGUAAAAGCAAGCUGCUCCUGUUGAUCUUUCACUGUCCCUAUUUGUAUUUAAUUUUUUUAUUUUUUUAUUUCUUUGUAUAGUUUGAUUCUAAUGCUGUACAAAAUUGUCUCUCUCUGUUUUCUCCUAACACAGCUUUUAAAUUAAACUAACAUGCUGGAUGAAACCUCAUG